CUGGGCCAGAAAAGGAGAAAAGGUUUUCUAUACGAGAAAACAAAUAAACAUUUAUAACACGACUCUGGACUAUAUUCGUUGGGAUUUUUGGAAUGGAUGCUUCUGGAAGUGUAACGGUGAUUGCUUGGAUUAUAGGAGGCUCGACGAUUCUCACUUUCGUUGGCAUCAUCGUCAUCAUACUAUCUUGUUGCUUCUGUAGGAAACAUGGUGUUGGUUUUUAUAAGCACGGAACAGCAACUACAACCUACAGUCACGUAGGAGGUACUGUUGUUCCUCCCCCUGGACCAAUAGGACCCCCCGCAGGGUAUGGACCUCCACCUCCAGGAGGGGUUUACCCCAUGGGGGUUGUUCCACCUCCUCAAUCAACACCUGGGUCAUACAACCAGCAAGGCAUGCCAAGUAUCGGUCCUUCGAGUACACCUCAGUAUCCUAGCUAUCAGAUGUCUAGGGCCCCUAUGAAUCAGGUC